AUGAGUCCAGUCAACCUCAAGCCAUUCUAUCGACAAGCGAGCGAGUCCUUUGAUGACAGCGAUAUCACCAUGGCGACAUUGGUGACUAGAAACCGGUUCAAGGUCCUGAGCCGGUUGGCCAGCCAUCACCAAGGCCCGAUCUCGGCUGCGAUUCAUGUAAACGACGAUGAGACCAAGGAGGAAGUCUUGGCAGAGCUCCACGCAGCCUACGAUGGCAAUCCAGAUAUGCAGAAAUACGUGGACGUCCAUCUGGUGCUGGACAAUUUUGAUCGCCAGUUCAACCUCUGGCGUAACGUUGCAAAGUUCUUUUCGCGUACCGAUUACAUCAUGAUGCUGGACGUCGACUUUCAUUUAUGCACGAAUUUCCGACAACGUAUUCGCAGCGACCCGCGCAUGAUGGAGAUGCUUGCCACGGGCACAACGGCUCUGGUCGUGCCUGCAUUCGAGUACGUGGUCGGCGACGAUGGGCUCGACUGGCACACGUUCCCGACUAGCAAGGAUGCACUGCUCGACGAGGUCGAAGCAGGCAAGCUGGACAUGUUCCACAAGUCAUGGCUCAAGGGCCAUGGAUCUACAAAUUACACAAAGUGGUACGAGACCUCGGACCUGUACAAAGUGACCGACUACAAUUUCUCCUAUGAGCCGUACAUUAUCUACAAGAAAGACGGAUCGCCGUGGUGUGACGAGCGGUUUAUUGGUUAUGGCGCAAACAAAGCAGCAUGUCUUUACGAGAUCUUCCUUUCUGGGAUCGAUUACUGGGUCCUUCCCGAUGAUUUUCUCAUCCACCAGACGCAUGAAUACCCAGAGGCCACACGACGGAAAGAGCGACAAUACAAUCGCAAGCUGUACAGCAACUUUAGAGAAGAGCUGUGUCUGCGCUAUGCACGUGUGUUUGUUGCUACAGGCGAGUGGGACUCUCCCAAGGCGGACAACCUCAGAGAAGAGUGUCAGAAAAUACGUGGCUUCAGAUCGGCAAUGAACCUGCCAGCCGCGGAUACACAGUAA